UUGUUCAAGCGAUUUUUAGGAAGACCCCACACAGAACAAUUUUUGCAAAAGUUCCCACUAUAUCAAGGAUUCCGAUUUUCCAGAACAAAACCUCGAGUUUGGGAAGGAAGCCCUGUGUUCAAGAAUGAUUUGCCGAAGCAGUGGGAUUGGAGGAAUGUCAAUGGUGUCAACUACUGCAGUCCUACGAGAAAUCAACAUAUUCCAGUCUACUGCGGAUCGUGCUGGGUGUUUGGAACAACUGGAGCUCUGAAUGAUCGUUACAAUAUUGCCCGUAAAAACAGGUGGCCUAUGACUAUGGUGUCUCCUCAGGAAAUCAUCGAUUGCAAUGGAAAAGGCAAUUGUCAAGGUGGUGAAGUUGGUAACGUAUUGGAAUACGCCAAGACUCAUGGACUUGUUGAAGAGGGCUGCAACGUCUAUCGAGCCACCAAUGGACACUGCGAUCCAUUCCACAGAUGCGGUACAUGUUGGAAGGACAGUUGCUCAGCUGUUCAAAACUAUACCAGAUACUAUAUUACAGAAUAUGGAAAGGUGACCUACCUAUUCUCAGUAUUUAAUAAUUAG